AUGGACUGGGUUGCGUCUCGCGUCACCAUGGCAUUGUGCAUCGAAUUCAACGUUGGUAUCAUGAGCGGCUGUUUACCUUGUCUCCGUCCAUUCCUAGCAAUGAUGGCUCCUGGAAUCUUCGCUGGACCAUCGGCGGCACACAGCGGCAAUGCAGCGAGUUCUGGCGGAGCAUCCUGGCGCAAGUCUCCCUUUCGGUUUGGAAACUCCAAACUAUUCAAGCUAGGCGCGGGCAAGCCGUCGGAUCGUGGUGAAGAUUACGAGUUCACGGAUGCGGAACAUGCGGGAGGUGCCCGCGCUUGGGCUGCAGGCGGAAAAGAGGUGCCACAAGCUAGCAUCGGCACCGUGUCUGGGUCUGGUAUCUCAGUGAACAGAGAUGAGAAGCUGCGCGAUGGUUAUGAUUCGCCGGGUGUUGUCACCAAUGAUGCGACUAGUGAGGAGUGGAUCAUGAAGGAGGACUCUUCUAGGUAG